AUGGCACCUUAUGAGGCACUGUACGGUUGUAAGUGUCGUACACCUUUAUGUUGGACUAAGUUGGGCGAGCGACGUGUUCUAGGUCCUGAGUUGGUCUCUGAGACAGAGGAUAAGGUUAGAUUCACUCGGGAUCAUUUGAAAGUGGCUUCUGAUAGGCAAAAAUUGUAUGCGAAUUUGAAGAGGCGUGAGAUUGAGUAUCCUGUAGGGGACUUAGUUUUUCUUAGGGUCUCGCCAUGGAAAAAGGUUUUGAGGUUCGGUCGCAAGCGCAAGUUGAGCCCUCGGCACUACCGCUCUGAUCCCACACUUGUUUUUAUUGAGGAGAUUGAGGUUAGGCCAAACUUGACAUUUGAGGAGGAGCUGGUUUAG